UUCUAGCUUCGUCGGUACGUCGCCCUCCGCGGGCCGCAGCGCAUGAUGCUCCGCGACCCCCGCCGCCUUCUCAGGGUGUCUGUGGCCCCCGCGGCGGCCCUAGCUGUGGCCGUGCUGUCGUCGCUCUCGCGCUGCUCCCUCCUGGAGCCGGAGGACUGCGUGAUCUCGGCGCUCAGCCCCUACUUCGGCACCAAGACUCGCUACGAGGAUGUCAACCCCGGGCUGCUGCUGGACCCCGAGGCGCCGCGGCGGGACCCGGAGCUGUUGGAGGAGACCUGCACGCCGGUGCAGCUGGUCGCCCUCAUCCGCCAUGGCACCCGCUACCCUACGGCCAAACAGAUCCGCAAGCUGCGACAGCUGCACGGCUUGCUGCAGGCCCGCGGGCCCGGGGAUGACAAGACCUGCGCUGCCGGCAGUCACGACCUGAGGGCCGCGCUGGCCGCCUGGCCGCUGGGGUACGCGGAAUGGAUGGACGGGCAGCUGGUGGAGAAGGGGUGGCAGGACAUGCGACAGCUGGCGCUGCGCCUCGCUUCCCUUUUCCCGGCCCUCUUCAGUUUCGAGAACUACUGCCGCCUGCAGCUCAUCACCAGCUCCAAGCAUCGCUGCGUGGACAGCGGCGCCGCCUUCCUGCAGGGGCUGUGGCAGCACUACCACCCUGGGUUGCCGCCGCCGGACAUCGCAGACAUGGAGUGUGGGACUCCAAGAAUUAAUGAUAAACUAAUGAGGUUCUUUGAUCAUUGUGAGAAGCUUUUAACUGAAGUGGAAAGGAAUGCUACUGCUCUUUAUCAUGUAGAAGCCUUCAAAACUGGACCAGAAAUGCAGAACAUUGUAAAAAAAGUUGCAGCUACUUUGCAAGUACCAGUCAGCAAUUUAAGUGCAGAUUUAAUUCAGGUAGCUUUUUUUACCUGUUCAUUUGACCUGGCAAUUAAAGGUGUUAAAUCUCCUUGGUGUGAUGUUUUUGACAUAGAUGAUGCAAAGGUAUUAGAAUAUUUAAAUGAUCUGAAGCAAUAUUGGAAAAGAGGAUAUGGGUAUACUAUUAAUAGUCGAUCCAGCUGCACCCUGUUUCAGGAUAUCUUUCAGCACUUGGACAAAGCAGUUGAACAGAAACAAAGGUCUCAGCCAGUUUCCUCCCCAGUCAUCCUUCAGUUUGGUCAUGCAGAGACACUUCUUCCACUGCUUUCUCUCAUGGGCUACUUCAAAGACAAGGAGCCCCUAACAGCUUACAAUUAUAAGGAACAAAUGCAUCGGAAGUUCCGAAGCGGUCACAUUGUACCCUAUGCCUCGAACCUAAUAUUUGUGCUUUACCAUUGUAAAAAUGCUAAGAAUCCUAAAGAAGAAUUCCAAGUGCAGAUGUUAUUGAAUGAAAAGGUGUUACCAUUGGCUCACUCACAAGAAACUGUUUCUUUGUAUGAGGAUCUGAAGAACCACUAUAAGGACAUCCUUCAGAAUUGUCAUACCAGUAAAGAAUGUGAAUUACCAAAGGUGAACAACACAUCUGAUGAGCUGUAAUAACUGGAGAACAUUUUUAAUUCAUCUAGAAUCUAUAGGGAGUGAUUAUUCCUAUGCUUGGAAUAGGUGGGCAGUCCCUCGUUAUCACAUUAUUUGGGUAUUUCUGUCUUUUCACAGAAAAAUGUUCUUUCUUUUUGAGUCUGGACAUGGAUGUAUAAAAAAAGAUUCUUCACUGGAGCAGCUCGCUUGAGGGGAAAAAAAUCUUUUCAAAGAAAUAGCUGGCACUGCAAAUGUUUACAGAAAUUGUAUUCCCCCUAUUUAUCUAAGAAAUCUCACACUGAGAUAGAAUAUGAUUUCAAAAUGAUACUUGAAAAUGCUAGAGUAACAAAAUAGCAUGUGAGUUGGCCGAUCCGUACCUGACGGAACUGAGUCUAGGAAGACCAGGUGUGCGGCAGUUCUGUUCUCCUCAGGUAGCACGGUUCUAGUUUUGUCUUUUUUAAUCAGAAAUGUUGUGAUGGACUAGGAGUAUCACUUUGGAAGAAAGCUAACAUCUCUCUAGUUGAGAAUUGGAAACAAUGUUAAGAAACAGUCUGAUUUAAAAGGACACCUUCACUGAAGGAAGACAAAAAGUCUAAUAAAAUAAAUAUUUUUGUUAAUAGUAUUUAUAAAGUAUUUGAACACUUUUUCAAUAAUUCCUUUUAACCUCCUAGUGAGUCUUGCAAGGCCAUUCUUUAGUUAUUAUCAUACCUGUUUUAUGGAAGACAGAGGACCAUUAGCAACAAGUCAGAUGGAUAGAAUUAAAGUUUCUUAAAUCCAUUGCUGAGCAAUUUUUUCCAUUGUCUCACUUUGCUUUUAUUUUUAUAUUUUGCUUUUGUGAAAUGUAUCUUUUGGUUGUUUAAUUUCUUUUCUCUUUUUUUUAAAAAAAAAAAAAUAAAGUCUUCAUCCUGGCUGGCUUAGUUUCACAGAUAUGAACCCAUUUCAAAGAAAUAGUUCUGAGUUCUGUCAAAUGCCGUGAAAGUAUUUGCUAUAAUAAUAAACAGAAUUCUUGUGACUUUACCAGGUCUUUUCUGCUUUCUGUGUUAAUAGGCAAUCAUUAAUUGACGGUAAAAAGUUUGAAUUUCAAGCAUCUUUGACUAAAUCAGUCAAUAUAAGGCAAUUUUCUUCUAAUAGACAUUUCCUCAAAUAAAUUUUCUCUUCGUAAAGAAAAAUGGAAAUCUGUUUUAUUAAAAAUCUAAAUAAGAAGGAUCAUAAUUUAUAUAGUGAAAUUAUAAAAGAAGAUGCAUAGAUCAUUGAUCUUCAAAUGAAUGAUGUUUAUAAAAUAGAUGAUGAGCUGGUAAAUACUGCUGAUGCAUCAAUACACUGCUGAUUGUUCCUGCCAAGGUCUGGUAUUAUCUUUUUUUAAUUUGUAAAUAAGCAGACAAGAAGAGAAUAAUAUAAUGAGCAUUCAUGCCCAUCAUUCUGUUUUAUCAAAAUUAACAUUGUAACAUUGAGUUUGGAUCCAAAUAAGAACAGUUGGGGACUUUCGUAUGCCUCCCUGAUGCUAUUGCCCUCACUCCCUGCCUGGAGGUAACCACCAGCAUAAAAUUCAGUAUUCUCCAUUCCAUUGCAUGCUUGACUCUGGAAACUUGUAGUAGUGUUGUGGGAAUUUUAAAAUUUUCUAUAAAAAGACUUAUACUGUGCAUAUCAUUUUUGAAUGAGUGAUUUAUUUUAACGGCUGCAUUUGUUUUUCAAGACUUUUUCUGGUCCUGAUCAUUUGUCUCAAAUUACUACCGUGAAUUCAUUAAUACCUAUUGAGUACUUUUUAUGUACAAACACUAGACUCAGUCUAUGAGCAUAUAAAUUUGAAUGAACCUAUUUCUUUCAAGAAGUUAUCUUAAAAGACCUUGAAACAAAUUUACUUGGUGUAUGACACAUUAAAUAAUUUUUGAUUCAUAAGCUUUUAAUAGACUAUGAAAGUUUUAUAGGAAUUCUUUAAUUUCAUUGUUAAAUAGAACGAUAUAGUCAUCUUUGUAGUCUUUGGUAUGUAAAAUAUUUCAGGCUGGAAGACAAGUGUGGUCCAUUUUUGUUAAUGUUACAGAGGUUGUGAUAUUAUUUUGGUGCUAUUAUUCUUAUUUAGGAAAUGCCAAAAAUUGAAGAAUCUCAUGAUGAAAAACUAAAGGUCUUUAUAGGAAUAGAAUAUAUAAAAAGUUGAACAUCAAAAAAUAAUCUUUGGCUAACAAGAGUUCAUUCAUAGUAGGUGACCAGAUUACUCAGUUAAGCCAAAAUUUAAUCACUAUUGCUUCUAACAUUUUGGUUGAUUAAUAAAUAGCCUAUGAACAUUAGCCAUUUUUCUGUCUAAUCUGCAACUUGAUGUGUACAGUGCAUUGUACUGUUUUUUAUAGUCAUGUUAUCAUUUUGAAGUUUCUGCUCUCAAACACUUAAUCAUUCAUUUGAUACUGUUUUUGUGUAUAAUUUUUAUCUUAAUUUUAACACUGAAAGCAAAACUCAACCUGUAAAGAAAAAGGAGCUUCAUUUUUUCUAGGCAUAGUCAACUUUUAUGAUAUCUUUACUUGAGUGCUUUCCUUUUGUAAACUGCAGAACUGAUGCAUGCUUAAGUAUUUGAGUUACACACAACCAAACCAGAAUAGAUAAGUGUAAAUUUUUGGAAUAUUCUCCAAGAUGCUAUUCCGUGUAGUUCAUUAAUGAUCCUUGGAAUUCGGACUGUCUUCUACCAAAUGUAAGCUGAAAAUAAAUAUUUGCAUUACCA